AUGUCGUCGUUAAUUGAGGAAUUCAAUGAACAGUCCAACGAGGCCAUAACUCCCUCUUAUGGCGGAGUGAUGAACACUUUUCUUUUGGAUACUGGCUUCGAGACUUCAGACCCUGUCAUGCUAGAGACGGGCUUUGUAAGCACGGGUCUUGCAGAAGAUGACUCGCGAAUAUUUACUCUAGAUAGAGUUCAGUUUCAGUUUCCUGCAGCGUUGGUUGCUAUGACCGUAUCUAACGAAGUACUCAUUAUGGCAUUAGAGACCAAUCACAUUUUAAGAAUAGACUUACAGCAAGCGCAUGAUGUAGAAGAUAUUGAAAUACCAAAAAAGCCCGGCGAAGUGAAAAUCUAUAAAAUUUUCUUGGAUCCUACCGGUCGGCAUCUCUUAAUCACAACUGAACAAGGCGAAAAUUUUUAUUUAUUUAAAAAAUGGAAAAAGGCUAAACCACUUUCGAAAUUAAAAAGCAUUAUAAUCGAGUCAGUUGCUUGGAAUAAAUUUACCGGCGUCUCCUCAGACAUCUCGACAAAAAAGAUUCUGGUCGGUAGUAGAAAUGGAUUGAUUUUCGAAAUAGAGAUCGAACCUACCGAAGAAUAUUUCAAAAAAGAAGAAAAGUUUUGCAAACAAGUAUAUUCAAUAAAUGAAAAUAUGCCAAUCACAGGGCUCCGAUUCGAACAAUUCCCUACAAAUCCUCGAAAAUAUUUUAUCGUAGCCACUACACCAACACGGAUAUAUCAAUUUAUUGGGAACGCGAAUCCUAAUGCAGAUUUUGAUGGUGGCUCAAUGUUUGAGACUUUAUUCUCGAAAUACGAGGUAAACCCAGGUUUCCAAGAACUGCCUGGGAAUUUGGAUUAUAGUGAAUUACAUUUCUUCACACCUUUCCAAGAUUUACAAUAUCAAGGCACUCCAAAAAAUUUUGCUUGGUUAACCGGACCUGGAAUAUAUCAUGGAAGUCUGGUGUUUGGCUCGCAAGAGAUUGGUGAUAGUGUUAUUGAUAGUGCACAACUAUUGCCAUAUCCUGCUACUCCUUCAGAAACAGAUUCCUCAGCUCUAGUAUCGGAAAGUCCAUUAUCUAUAACGCUUACCGAAUUUCAUUUCAUAUUGCUUUAUAAAGAGCGCAUAAGGGCAAUCUGUCAAUUGAACGAUCAAAUUGUAUACGAGGAGGUUAUCCCACUUAAAGCGAAUGAAGUAGUUCGAACAAUGACAGUAGAUACGGUCAAAAAUACAUUUUGGAUAUAUACCGAUUCGUCAAUUUUUGAGCUUAUUAUCACGAAGGAAGAUAGAGACGUCUGGAAGCUUUAUCUCGAUAAGCAAAUGUUUGAUACUGCUUUGACUUAUUGCAAGAAUCCAGCUCAACGUGAUAAAGUACUUACCACCCAAGCAGAUUAUUACUUCUCGCAAGGCCGAUUUAUUCUUUCUGCAAAGUAUUAUGCACAAUCAACAGUUCCUUUCGAGGAGGUAGCAUUGAAGUUUGUUGAACGAGAUGAACGAGACGCCCUUCGAGAUUAUCUAAUGAAUAAGCUCGAGAAACUCAGACGCGUAGAUUUAACGCAAAAAACCAUGAUUGCUACAUGGCUUGUAGAAAUUUUUUUGAGUAAAAUUAAUCUUUUGGAGGAUAAAGCUGCUUCGGGUGCUGGAGUUGAAGAGUCAGAAAGUUAUAAAACUGAACAGAAAUUGCUAGUAGAUGAUUUCAAAACUUUCCUUCAAACAUACAAGACAGAUUUAGAUAAACGUACCACAUAUAAUCUUAUUGCAAGCCACGGACGCACCGAAGAACUAUUGUAUUAUGCCACGUUAAUUGGAGAUCACGAAAAAGUUAUAUCCCAUUGGAUCGCCGAGAAGGAUUACAAACAAGCACUUGAUGUGCUCAGCAAGCAGGGCUCGGUUGAUAUAUUCUAUAAAUUUGCACCAGUUCUUAUGGAAAAUGCACCCUAUGAAACAGUUAGCGUUUUAAUGCGUCAAACUGAACUCGAUCCGCAAUAUUUGAUCCCUGCUUUGUUAAAAUACGAUCAUUCAAAAACUUCAGACAAUAUUAGUACGAACCAAGCAAUAAGAUACCUGCAAUAUGUGAUUCAACAAACAAAUAAUGUAGAUCCAGCAAUUCACAAUUUUCUCUUAACACUAUACGCAACGCAGCCUACAUCCGACGAAACUGAUUUGCUAAAGUUUCUGGCAACGGAAGGUCAUGAGCCACAUUAUAAUUUAGAUUAUGCGCUUCGACUUUGUACCCAAAAUGGAAGAAUGCAGAGUUGUGUGCAUAUCUAUAGUAAUAUGGAACUUUAUGAAGAGGCCGUCGAUUUGGCACUAAAGCACGGAGAUAUAGAAUUGGCGAUAAUUAAUGCUGAUAAACCAGAAGACGACAAACCUCUUCGAAAAAAGCUCUGGCUAAAAAUUGCACGCCAUGUAGUUGAAAAAGAGGGAGAUAUAAAAACGGCAAUGAACUAUUUACAGCGCUGUGAAUUGCUAAAGAUUGAAGAUAUUUUACCAUUCUUUCCUGAUUUUGUCCUUAUUGAUGAAUUUAAAGAAGAAAUUAUCACUGCACUUGAGGAGUAUAACACUCAUAUCAAUGAUCUCAAGGCUGAUAUGGAAGAAGCGACAAAGAGUGCUGAAAGUAUAAGACUUGAUAUCAGAGAGCUACGUUGUCGGUUCGCGACCGUUUCUACAGAUGAAAGAUGCUCUUUAUGUGAUUUUCCAUUGCUUACUCGACAAUUUUACGUGUUUCCUUGUCAACACGCGUUUCAUUCUGAUUGUCUUAUCACUCAAGUCACCAAACAUCUCAAAACGAAACAACUUCGUCGUAUUCUUGAUCUUCAAGAUCAAAUAGCCCGAUUUAUAAUGUCUGAUAAUGCAGCCACCCCGGGAGACGAUGCUGUUGUCAUUGUGCCGAAAGUUGAUCAGCUGAAGGAUGAAUUAGAUGAUUUGGUUGCAUCUGAAUGUAUUUUGUGUGGUGAUAUUAUGAUCAAAAGUAUCGAACAGCCAUUCAUCAAGGAAGAGGAAAGCGAGAUACUCGCGUCUUGGACCGUUGCUGAUCAUUUAAAAUUUCAUCAUAUUAAACUCGUCGCGUUUAUGAAAGCUAAACUUUAUCUUACCCAUUCCUCGUUCCAUACUCCUAAUUCUCGGCAUGAAAAGUUUAUUUUGGACCAUCCAUUUAAUCACCAAGUCGAACUUUUCCUACCAGGCGACAUUUCUUUACAUCAAGCGCAUUCCUGUUCACGCAAAGGAUUCUACUAUCGAGCUGAACUCCCCUUAACUUAUUUUAUUGAAAAAUCUUUUGUUCAAGAAUACAUAGCAACCGGCGAAGUUAUUGCCUUAAGCCUUAGUGAAGGCAUUGAUAUUACGAAUGUUUUUGCUUUAGAUGGAAAAGGAAACUUGAUUCUUCAUUUAACCAAAGACACUUAUGAAGAACUUGGUCUAACAGGAAAGCCGGCUAAAUUUGGACCAAAACGUCAACGAUAUGUGGUGACAAUUGAUGUGCUUGCGGAUUCAAUGAUCCCCGGGAAAAAGGGAUAUGAAAGAAUCAAAUGGUGUUUUGAACACACGCUAUCCGGGAACUUUCCCUUUCUCAUUUCAUAUGUCAAUGUUGCUGAUAAGAAAUAUCGUGAAAUUAAUUUCCCUAGCGCGAUCAAAACACAAAAGAUAUUUUUGAACGAAUCAUUAUCCAGAAUAGAAAAUAUCCUUACACCAGAUUUAAAUUCCAUAAAGCUGACAACGAAUAAAGAGGAAUGGAUAUCCAAUGCAAUAGAAAUAUAUGAUUGGAUUGGGAUGGCCUCUAUUAAAGCACAAAGGAUUCGCGAACAGGAUUCUGUUGAUCCAUAUAUAUCAACUUAUCGAUCACCCGAACCUUGCUCUAGUCAGAAUGGGAUUUUAGUGCGUUGGACUGGAUUUGUUUCUGGUAAUAAUGAUUCCGAAUCGAUUCCUCUUCCUUGGGCUUCAUUGAGUGUUUGUGGCUUCCAAGACUCGCCUAUCUCAUGGCGACCUCAUGAACAUGGGUACCUUAUGAACGGUGAUAAUAAUUACACUUUUUUGAUGUCGCCGAAUGUCAAUGAUGUUGCUUAUAUAUUGUUUCAAUCGCUGGGUCCUUUUGAUAAUUUUUCCUAG